UGUUAAGAUAAGCAGUAACAACCUCAUUCUCCUCUUCCUUCUCAUUGGCACCAUUCCUACCGUAGUAUGUAUAGGAAUGAAAGACAGACAAAUGUUAAAUUUUCGAAUAGAUUUCGUUUGAAUGAGAUCUCUCGAUAUGCGUAUGGGUAUUGAUGUUUUCUCUCAAUCCACCCAUCUUCAUCCACGCCCUCAAAUUUUCAUGUUUCUAGAUGUCUGAAGUGAUAGGAAAUAAAUAGACUUCUGCGUGACCACGAUUUUUCAGUCAGUCACGUCACGGUCACGAGCUACCUGGUCACGGUCACGUUCAUAGUCACGGAGUUUUUUCGAAACUAGUCACGAUCACGUCACGGUCACGAGCUGCCUGGUCACGAUCAUGGUCAUAGUCACGGAAAUUUUUCGAAACUAGUCACAGUCACGUCACGGUCAGGGAAAUUUUGGUUUACUAACUGGAUUUUUGUGCUACAAAAUCAAGAUUUAUAUUGAUUUCGCAGAUUUUCUCUGUAAUAAAACGCAGAAAACACGUAAAUCAAUUAAAAUCUUGAUUUUUUUUCACGAAAAUUAGAGUUCUAAUCUCAAAAAUGUUCACCAUUAAGUCACGAUCACGAGCUAUUUGGUCACGGUCACGAUCCCAGUCACGACAAUUUUUCGAAAACUAGUCACGGUCACGGUCGCGAGAGGCCGUGACCGUGACCGUGACCGUGACCAUUUUGCAGAAGCCUAGAAAUAAUAUAAUCGACUUUUUCAAAUAUUCAACAUCAUCCCACAUGUCAAAAGCAGAAACAUGAGAAUGAAAAGCCGACGAACAUCCUUAUCUACCAAUUAGUGACUAUUGAUCUUAUACAAUACUCUUUCUCUUGUGAAACAAAUGUCGUAAUGCCGUUAUACAUCAUUCUUGACUAUACAACACAGCAGACGUAUUUUUUCUGUCGCUCACACGUCGGGGUCAGUGAAGUAAAAUUACCAUUCUAUAUGUUGAAUCAUGAUCAGCGAAAUGUUCUAUUUAAACUCAUUACUGUCCACUAUGGAAGGCUACUCUGUAUGUCUUUGAAAACAUCAGAUAAAUAAGUAUCAAUUGUAUGAAGCCAGUAGAAAGCGUUGAAUAUUAAAGCCAACUUUCGAAUAUCUUAUUUUUGUGAAUAUCAUAGAACAUAUUUUUCUGACGCAUUCCAGUUCUUCAGGUAAUUCCAUUCGUUCAACUUUUCAUUUUUGAAUUGCUCGAUACUUUUGUAGAAGCUCUUCAUUUCUUAUCAUUACCCAAUGAACUUCUUGAUAUUCUUUUGGAAUUUCUCUCUUCAGUUGAUGUUAUCCGAUCUAUCUUUUCGCUCAAUCAUCGCUGAUUAAAUACUCUUAUCUACUCUCAUAUCUCUCGAAUCGAUAUAACCGCAUUUUCCGAUGUACAUUUGAAGGCUAUUUUCCCGUUGAUAUCGUCUGUUCGGGUGUGGGUGGUUGUGGGUGCGGGUGUGUGGGUGGUUGUGGGUGCGGGUGUGUGGGUGGGUGUGGGGGUGUGGGUGUAGAUUAAAUAACAUCUACACCCACACCCAAACCCACACCCACACACACCCACACCCACACCCCACACCCACACCCACACCCACACCCACAUCCACAUCGGAUCAUCCACAUCAUAUUCAUCGUAAUAUUCCAUAUGAAGGAUUAUUACGUGCUGCUCGUAUUUGUUCACAUGUCAGUGAUUUUAAUUCAGAACGUAUCCGUAUUGAUAUGUCAUUAUUAUUGAAUAGUUAUCCACCAAAUUUUAUUACUCAACAACUCCAUCGAUUCUUUCGUUUAAAUAGUGCAAUGCCUGUAUUAACUGAAUUAAAUGAAGAUGUUUACCAUCAUUUACAUCAAACUCUAUUACAACAACCAACACGUCGUGAGAAAAAACUUAUUAACAUGAUGCAUGAUCCAAUUGCAAAAUCAUUCGUAUUACAACCAAAAAUAUGGAAUAAAGAAAUAAUGUAUCCAUGUUAUCUUUAUGAUACUAGUCUCACUAGUAAUUUACCAAAUCAAUUCUACAAAUGGUGGCAAACCUAUUAUGCGUUUCCUCGAUCACCACUUGAAGACAUAAAAGUGAUGCUAGUCGCAAACACCAAUCUUACUUUAGUAAGUUUUUUCAUUCAUAAGAAACCUCCACGCGAACUAUUAACAAAAAUGGAAACAAUAUGA